UGUUAGUCGGUAACGAGGGCACACUUCAACUAGUAGCAACAUCUCGUAACGUAGAAUCCUGAUAAAACUUCUUAUCGUAUUUGUUCUUUGCCAUUCGAUCAAAACCAAAGAAUGUCUAUGUCCAAGGUUCUUUAAUAUAUCUACAUAUUCUUUGAUCAAAACAACGGCACUUCGCCAGGCCAAAUAGCGCCAAUUCUAAAGCAACCCUGGAGAAAUGUUACAUAAAGCAGAUGACAAGGUUUCAAGAUCUUCGUUACUUUAGAAAGUAAUGCAGUAAUAAAAAUGUCAGACAAUGAAAAUCAGCUGAAAACAUGUUCUGUAAGAAUAGAAAAAAUGCCCGUGGAAGAUGCAGAUGCAGAUACAGAUAGUAGCAGCUUUGAUGAUGACAUUCCCUUCAAGCCAAAUAUUUCAAAUUGUGACUUGAGUCCUCAUGCCUCAAAGUCUGUUGAUGAAUUACUAUCAGAUAGUAUAAAUCUAGUCAAGACUAUACACCAUGCUCGUAGACAAGAAAAUUUAAGGACACACGUUUUAGAUUCUGACCAACCAGCAGCCAGUAAUGAUGAUUCUGCCAUGGAUGCUAUAAAACUGUAUCUGCCAAGAGAAGAGGAAUUUUUCCCCCCUGAAAGGACAUUUAUUAAAAUAUAUUGUGAAAAGUCAUUUUUAGUAUUUUAUAAUAUAGAUGAUGUUUCACCUAUCAAAUGUGGAUAUAAUCCACAAUCCCCUGAGCUUACAGCAUUCGAAAAACUUUUGGUGUCACUGAAGCCUGUUGAAUUUGAAUAUAUGCUGUCAUUUUCUUUAUCAUUUUAUCCUACUGAUCAUGUAAUGGAUUGCAAAUCAUUCAUUUCUUACCUUUUGAGAAUGAUUUCUGUUAUUGACGAUAAAGACAGUAUUGAUGCAUGUGAUUAUGCUAUUCAAACUCUGUUGACAGAACACCCAUCUGUGCACAAUGUAUCAUUUAGUGCAUCUGAGUUGUUUAUGUUGCUGUUUAACUAUGGAGUUGAUAUCAACAAAUGUUAUCUUCUCGAGGUAAUGCCCGAGUUACGAGAGGAAUUAAUGAGCAAGGAAUCUUCAUAUCGUUACUCAAAUAAAAUACCAGACCAUUGGUUGUACAAUCUUAAAGCUACAUUAUCUAUCUUGUUCAAUUUGGUAUGCUUUUGUUCGUUUAGGCAUGAUGAAUUAUUCAAUAUUUUGUUAUUCCUGUUGUGGCUAAGUAUGGAAGAAUGUUUGAUCAACAAAGACCUUUAUCAACUGAUAUUUGAUUGUAUUGAUGUCAUCUUAGAAAGCUUUUCUGAAGAUAUUUGGCCUGAUACUUGCCUUCACCUUACGGAUGCUUUAUUAGAAAUAGAGAAUCCAAAUUGGAGUUCCAAGUGGAGCUGUAUAUAUUUUAUGGUUUCAAGAAUUCCUUUUGCUACUGAAAGAGGAAUUAGUAUUCGUAGAUGUAUUUGUUUUAAAGCAUUAAAAAAACUCUGUUCAGAACAAAGUUCUGUUUUGGAAGAAGCCAAAGAAUUUAAC